GUACUGUUCUCCCGUGAUUAAUAUACCCAUUGCAUGUGCUAGUUGGCAGUUCAAAAAAGCUAGUACCUUUUUAAGUUCUGAUUAUCCAAUACAAUCUAGAUCUCUCUCACUGGACUGGACUGUGAAUAUCAUCAUCAAUUCAUCAUGGCUGCUUCUUCUUCUUCUUCAUCUUACAAACUAAAGCUGAUCUUCCAUUGUUGUUCUAUUCUAUUUUGUGCAUUUCUACUACUUUCUACUACAACAUAUGCCCAAACUAUUAAUACAACUACAGCAACCAUUGAUUCUCAUAUCUCUUCUAUCAAAUCCAUAUGCAAAUCCACACCAUACCCAGAUCCCUGUUUCCACUCACUCAAGCUCUCUAUCUCAAUCAACAUCAGCCCAAAUAUCAUUACUUACCUUCUUCAAUCCCUCAACACAGCCUUGUCUGAAGCCCUUUCCCUUUCUAAUCUCCUCUCAACUCUAACACCCUCUUCAAUCCUUGAGAAACAGAGAGGUGCUCUCCAAGACUGUAAAGAUCUCCAACAAAUUACCUUCUCCUCUCUCAAAAAAUCUCUUUCAAGAAUCAAUGGCGGCUCCACUGACUCCAACAAGUUGUCCGAUGCCAGAGCCUUUCUCAGCGCCGCCCUCACUAAUAAAAACACUUGCUUUGAAGGUCUUGAUUCAGCUUCAGGACCCAUGAAAUCAACCCUUGUUAACUCUUUCAUUAACUCUUACAAACAUAUCAGUAAUUCCCUCUCCAUCAUGCCGAAACCCAGUAAAUCUUCUGGAUCCACAAAGCACGACGGCAGAAGAACCCUUGACAUAAGCAUAGGAGGCGGCGGAGACGACGACUAUACUGACGAUGCAACUGGUCUUAUUACCGUUGCUAAAGAUGGCACCGGAAAUUUCAGCACUAUAAUGGAUGCAAUCAAUUUCGCUCCGAACAACAGCUACGACAGGAUCUUUAUCUACAUUAAAGAAGGGAUCUACGAGGAAAAUGUCGACAUUCCCACUUAUAAACCUAACGUUGUUCUUCUCGGAGAUGGUGUUGAUGUCACUGUUAUUACCGGAAACAGAAGUGUCGGGGAUGGUUGGACAACUUUCAGAUCUGCCACCGUCGCCGUUUCCUCGGAGGGUUUCUUGGCACGUGAUAUAACGAUCCAAAAUACUGCCGGACCGGCCAAACAUCAGGCAGUGGCUUUGCGGAUAAACGCCGAUAUGGCGGCGGUAUACCGGUGUGCCAUCUACGGCUACCAAGACAGUCUAUACACACACUCAUUCCGACAGUUCUAUCGGGAGUGCGACAUCUCCGGUACCAUUGAUUACAUAUUUGGAAACGCGGCGGUGGUGUUCCAGGGCUGUAACAUAAUUUCGAGAUUGCCAAUGCCUGGUCAAUACAAUGUGAUUACCGCCCAAUCCCGUGAAAGCCCUGAUCAGGACACCGGAAUUUCCAUACAGAACUGUUCUAUCGUGGCGGCAGAGGAUUUGAACCCGUCCUCUUCCUCCACCUUAGUGAAGAGUUACCUGGGUAGGCCAUGGAAGGUGUAUUCGAGAACAGUCUAUAUUGAGUCAUAUAUUGACGGGUUCAUUGAUCCAAUGGGCUGGAUCCCAUGGUCGUGGUCGGAUAAUCAAGGCCUCAAUACGUUGUACUAUGGUGAGUAUGCAAACUCGGGACCAGGAUCAUUGACGGAUAAUCGAGUUAACUGGCCAGGCUACCAUAUCAUGGAAUAUGAAGACGCAUCAAAUUUCACUGUCUCCCAAUUUAUAGCGGCCAAUGAGUGGCUAGAUUCUACUUCUUUCCCAUACGAUGAUGCUGUCUAAUAAUAGUUUCCUUAUUUACCAUUUGUCUGUCUUUGUAAUUGAAGCGUGAAAAGUGGUGGGUUGAUAAUUUAAGG